AUGCAAGUGGCAGUGGAAUACCUUCAUUUGGAUGGGUCAUUGGAUAAGUCGCUUGUUGCAUUCGUCAUUCUGGAGAGAGAUUCAUCGAUGUUGUCUUCCGAUGAUUUCAACAGUACCGUUCAGCGCAUAGCCGCCCAGACUACAGAGCAGCUUGCAGGAAAGCUCCCUAUUUAUAUGCUGCCGUCUGCGUAUAUACCCAUUCAAAAGAUGCCAAUCUCUACUACUGGCAAAAUUGUCCGACGUCAACUCCAGCAGAUUGGAACCUCAUUCAGCAUCUCUAAUGUUUGCAGACUCUCUGGGAAAGCCACCAGAAUGCGCAUGCCAGAAUCAGAAACUGAAAUACUGAUGCAAGGUCUAUGCGCAAAGGGCUUCCAGAUCGACCGAAACCGAUAA